GGUCCGUCGUAGUAAGACAUGCGCAGUACGGAGGAAUAAAAACGGACGGAAUUUCAAAGUUUCCUACGGAUCAACCAGAGAUGUUUGGAUUUCACAAAUCCAAGAUUUAUCGUAGCCAUGAAGGCUGCUGCAUUUGCAAGACCAAGUCCUCCAGUUCCCGGUUCACAGACAGCAGCAGAUACGAGGAAACCUUCCGCCUCUGCUUCGGUUUAUCUGAAGACCGAGUCGGUGACAUCUGCAAUGCCUGUGUACUGCUCGUAAAGCGAUGGAAAAAGUUACCACAUGGUUCGAAGAAGAACUGGAGUCAUGUGGUGGAUGCGAGAGCAGGGCCCGGCUUCAAGCUGACGAAACCCAAAAAGAUGAAGAAUAUCGAUGGGAAGAAAAAGAGCAAGCUGAAGAAGAUGCACAAGUUUAAACGGCAAAAUUCUGAUGCCCACAGCACAACCUCCAGCAUGUCUCCUUCUCAGUCUCCCAGCCACAGCAACCAAUCAGACGACGGCUCAGACAUUGAGACUAAGCAGAGGCGCCCAACUCCAGCAGGCUUCUCAUUUCUUGACCUCUCCUACUGGAAAAGACAGAAAGUGUGCUGUGGUAUCGUGUACAAAGGGCGUUUUGGUGAAGUAAUCAUCGACCCUCGUCUCUUCAAGCCCUGCUGCAGCCCCAAGCAGCCACCAGCAGUGACCUCACCUGCCACAGACUCCCCAUGCGCUGCUGACACACUGCCGUCUCCCCUCGCAGAGGACUUGAAGGAGACCUGGUGACCUUGUUACACCUUCGAGCAUCUCCUCAAGGCUCAGUUACUUUGUCUCCAGUGGCAGACUCUAUCAUUCCCACAUGACUGUGUAAAUGCUGAUUUGGAUUUUUAAUAUAAGGGGGGUAAAGCAGUUAAAUUCAAUAUGGGCAUUAGUAAAUAUUCAUAGGAUCAGGAUCAAGUUGCCGAUACGACGAGAAUUUUUUUUUUUUAAUUAUUUUUUGGCACUGUAAAAUCUUUGCAUUUUGUUGUAGUGCUUGUAAAUAUUUUUCAAUUCCAGUGCACCAAAAGCCUCCUGUCUGGCUCCUAGUUCCCUUUGUGUAAAUUGAGUUAUUAUAAGUGUUCAUGAAAUAUGGCAUAUUGAUGUCUGACAGUGCUGAGUGUGAGGUGUUUUUUUUUUUUUUAUAAAUUAAAUGUAAAACAAAUCCACUCUGUCUACAAACUCAUUUGACCCAGGUGUGCUGGUAGAGUGGGCAGUUUUAAGUGUUUUGGUUAGCAAGGUUUGAAUGGGUUGACUAAUGGUGGCAAAGUGACUAUAUAGUUCAAUUUGUCCAUUAAAUGCAUGUGUCUGUUAAUUUCUCCAUUCCUGGUUACUAUUGUCAAAGGCCAUGAAACGCAGGCUGCAAACCUUUUGCCAGACCUUUCAAAAAUAAAAGUGCAUGCUAAUAUUAAUAUUCAAAAUGCUAUUUAUUAUAGCAUGCUAAGUCAGUAUGUGAUGAAUGCAUCUUGGGUUAUAUUACUUAAUGUUCAGUGUGAUCGUGUGACUUUUUAAUUGUAAAUAUUGAUAUUCUUUUCACUACAGAUUUUAACAGCAUCUGAUACUGUGACUUUUUUAAGACAAACUAUUUUUGGCAGCUGCUUCUAGCCACUGCAUGCUUCUCACUUAAGUGUUUUAAUGUAAAAAAAAAAAAUCAGCAAUAAUGUUUUUUUUUUUUUUUAAAACGUGAUAGUGUGCAACUUUUAAAUUCUACAGGUGAUGGCGCUUCACCUUUUUGCAACGGGUUUUUUUUUUUUUUUUUCCCUUACUCAGGCAGCUUUAUAAUCCGAAGUAGUGGUGUGAAAGAAGUUCACGUUUAAAAUGACACAUUUAAAAGGCAUUUCAUUUAUAGAAAUUAAGCAAGACAUUCAAUUUUCAUUGUAUUGUUGGAGUGAAUUAACAAAAAGCAAUAGUUAUCUCUGGCUUCCAGACUACCAAGUUUAUUUGCAUAAUACCAAUAAGGUUCAGGGAAACUAUUUACUUGGUACAUUUUCAGUUACUGUUAAUGUGCCUUUAUGAGAGAUUUAACUGAACAUGAAUUUGUCUUUUCUAAUUUAUACUAUUUAUUCAAAAGUCUGUACAAUUGAUGCUGUAAAGAGGUUUUGUGCACUUUUAUACAUUUUAACUUUUUUUUUUAUAUAUUUUUAUCUGGUCAUAUC